AUGGCGUCGUUAGAAGUUACAGAUAUGGAUUGGGAUUGGCAAGCGACGAAGGGCUCUGUUUUAGAAAGGAGCCGCCACAUGUUAAACAAUCCUACUUUAAGUGAUGUUUUUAUUACAUGCGAAGGCUCCGAGCAAAAAUUUUACGCCCAUAAAUACGUGCUGUGUACGAGCAGUUCUGUUUUUCACGGCAUGUUUAACGGCGGUUUUGCAUCAAUGUUAUCGAACUCCAUACACAUCCAAGACUCGGACCCCGCCAGCAUAAUGGAAUUCUUAGCUUUUCUCUAUACAGACGAAUGCAACUUGACGACAUCAAAUAUCGUCUCUGUUAUGUUUUUGGCUAAGAAGUACUCAGUGUCUUCGUUGAUCCAGAAAUGUACUAAGGAGGUUUCGGAUGUUUUAGAACCCUCGAAAGUGUUAAAUAUUUUACAAGAAGCCAUGCGAUAUGACCUGAGCGAACUGGUCGACGAAUGUUGGAAAACUGUCGAAAGCCACACAAGCGACGUUGCGAAGUCGGACGGUUUUUAUAGCGUCAAUCACGAGACCCUGAUCAGUCUACUAAAGCGAAAGAAUUUACAAAUUCCCGAAAUCGAUUUAUUUCAAGCCGUUUUGCGUUGGGCCGAUUAUCAGUGUUCAAAAAACAAUUUGGAAGCGACGCCGGAGAAUCGAAGAAAUGUCAUCGGCGAUGCUAUUUACGAAAUACGCUUCUUGGCUAUGACGCAAGAGGAAUUCGCACAACUGGUUUCGCCAACUCGCUUGCUAUCGACAAACGAAAUGGUGCCGAUUUACGAACGGUUUAACGGGAUAUAUUCGCCCGAGCUAGAAUGGGGUGAAGCGACACGCGAACAAGAAUUCACAACCAUAAAAUGUCCGAAAUUUUCGCCCUCUAAAGUGGUGCCGAAAUCACUUUCGGAUAACACUUAUUUCUUUCUAAGUUUCUCGGUGAAUAAAGAUAUCAGCCUUCACGGAGUACGUUUGAAUACGGGGCCGAAUAAAGCCACUUUGUAUGUGAAACAAACCGAGCCAGAUGGCUCUUUAGGAGCCGAGACGCCAUACACCAACGUUAUUUCUGGUUAUGUCGCGUUUCCGACGCCUGUCGCUAUAAGUUCUAACAGUGUUGUGAUGUUGCUAGCUGUUAUCGGUGGAAGUUCGUUCGGGUAUUACGAGUGGGUCGAUAAGAAUGUUUUAGAAGUUGGUGACAUCGUUGUAACCUUUACCGAAGCGUAUUUGCCGUACAGUUGUGACUUGGGUUCUGUCCAAUCCGAAGGACAUUUUGAUGAAAUUGUAGUGUCUCAUGUAAACUCAGCACAACCCCCCUGUCACUCACAGAAAUUAGUACGUUUUUCAGUGGGGUGCUAACUUUUACCUUGUACUUGUGAUUCAGGUUCUGUUCAUAUUGUAGUGUCUGUUUAACCGCCCUGCUAUUUGUGGAUUUAGUAGAUAGUUCCGGGGUUCCCAACUUUCAUUGAAGCCUAUUUGCCUUGGUAGUUGUGAUUUAGGUUCUGUUUGAAUCUGAAGAACAUUUUGAAGAAAUUAUCGUGUCUGUUUACACCCCCUUGUUCUUAUGGAUAUAUGACAUAUUUCCAGAGGGAUAUACUAACUUUUACCAAAGCUGCAAAGCAUCUUUUCCUUAUGGUUUUGAUAAGUUCUGUUAAAUCUAGACAAGGACAGUUUGAGGAGGUAUAUACAGUGUAAAUACUCCCCCCUGUUACUUCUGGGUUUAGAAAAUAUUUCCAGAGCAGAUACUGUAAUUUUACUAUCGCAUGUUUGAAUUCUGAGAGUAACCCACGAGGAAAUGUAGUGUUGGAUCAUUCCGGAAAACAACCACCCCUUGGAAGUUCCACCCCCCCCCUCUGGCAAAGUUAAUUACACUCUCACCAGACGGCACAAAUUUGGAUGUUUUCUGGAAUGACCUAUUUCUCAUAGGCUUUAGAAGUUACGUUGUUUGCAUGUUUCAUUGUUUGCAUGUUUCAUUGUUGAGUUUUUGUUGUUGUAUUAAAUGUUGUGUUCAAUAAAGCAUUGUACUGAAAAAGUUGUUUCAUUGCGCUUACAGUUCGACAUCUGUCUCUGUGGCUGGGUUGGUUAUAGCAUAUAGUCAAUGUAGAAGGUUAGGAAACUUAAUGCAGGCAUAAUGUACCUCCUUAUCUACUGUAUGUUUUUGUCUUGAUUUAUGCAAAAAAUGGUCUGUUCAUCGUAACAAGUGCAUUGUAUUUUCGCUAGAGCAACCAAUAGCUAUGUUUUCAUUUAAAGUGCCUAUGACACGAAAUUUCACCCCCAAAGGUUUAUGGUUGCAUUGUAAAGAUCACUUAAAAUGACUUAAUAAUUUCUUUUAUAGAAUUUUGGUAACUUGCUUCCUUUUCAAGAUAUUCAACUUUGUUUCAUAUACAAAUAUCACCGGUGUGAUAUCACAUCACAUAAUGAGUUUUCAGAAAGUAUAGUUUUCUUGACGAAUACGUAUCUAAAAAACUUAAAAAUUGCCCUUGUAUAUGUAUUAAUUUCAUAACUGGUAAUUAACCCUCUGUAUUUGUUUGUAAAAAUAUUUUAUCAACUAAGGUAAAAUACUGCGUUUUCAAAAUAUCAUUAUGCGAUGUGAUGUCACACCGGUGAUAUUUGCGUACGAAACAAUUAAAGUUGAAUAUCUUGCAAAGGAAUCAAGUUACCAAAAUUCUAUCAAAGAAAUUAUUAAGUCAUUUUAGUGAUCUUUACAAUCCAAUCAUAAAACAUUUAGGGUGAAAUUUCGUGUCAUAGGCACUUUAAUAAAUAAUAUUAAAUGUGUGUUGUUUUUUUCUUCAAAUGAAUCCGCGCAAAAUGCUUCCUUUUUAGGAACUCUUUUUUAACCGAAUUGUCUUUCUAUGGAACAAUCUUUUCCCAAUCAUUCGUAACAGUUCGUCUGUUUCAUCCUUUAAACUCCAUAUACACUACUUUUCUCAAUUAGACUCUUCUUUCGAUUUUUCUGUGUUGGUGUAAUGUACUCAGGUGAAUAUGAUGUUUGUGAUGUUACUCUGAGUGUAUAUCCACACCGGGCAAGCUUGAAAAAUAUGCCUGGCCACGGUGGGAAUUGGGCCUAGGUUCGUUUCCCACCGGUGGCCAGGCAUAUUUUCCAAGCUUGCCCGGUGUGGAUAUAUACUCAGAGUAAUAUCACAAACAUCUUCUUUCGAUGUUAGCAGAAUGCGCACUUGGAAAAUCUAGUGCUUUAAAUGCCGUUCUUUCAACUUACCAUAAUCUAAACUAUUAAUUUUUAUAUAGUUAUGUAAAUAGUGUUCCAGCCAUAGAUAUCUAUGGUUCCAGCCCCUUGUCCUUAAUGUAUGUUCAUCUAUUGUUUUGUGUCAGGUUGGUCUUCACAUGGGACUCUAGAGGUCCUGUUGACCAUACCUUUAAUCAUUGUUAUAAUUUUGUAUGAUUGUAAAGUAUUAAAAUAUAUAUCUGAUUGGCUACGAGUAGUACAUUAAUUUGUUUCAAAAUACAGUGCCAAAAAAUGAAAUACAGUGCAAUAAAAAGAAAUACAGUCUUUCUGAUUGGCUAAAAAUAUGAAACGAUAACAAAGAUAGCCAAUCAGGGUUGAUAGCCAAUAAGAUACAGCAAUUUCCAGCAGAAACCAUUUAGGAGUUUUUGGGAGUGACUGUAUAAUUUUUUUCAUGUAUAUUAUUAUUAAUGUAUGGAUUCUCGUGCAAUUUGAAAAAAAAAUGCACUCGUGAGUUUUUCAAAGACUUCAAAUUGCACUCGUCCUUCGGACUCGUGCAAUGUCGAUAGUCUUUGAAAAACUCAUUCGCGUGCAUGUUUGUUUCCAAAUUGCACUCGAAACCAUACUAUUACCUAUACAAAUACUUUAAUUUAUUUUUUUCUAGGAGAAAAGCACCAUACAACCAAAUCAACUUCGAAAAUGCGAGAGACUUCACAAGCGAAAGGCGCGCUUUUUGAAACGGACAUCGGACUUCGAAUCCCGGAAAAUGUUAGCCCUCCCAUCGAUAGCAAUCCCCUGGGGUAUUAUCCCCGAUACUGGACGUCGAGGACAUUGUAGGAACUCCAUACCCCAUUGCGUUGAUCUUGACGUCAUGAUGGAGCCCGUGUUGUACUUUCCAAGAACGGUCAGCGGUAGUCGGUCGAGAGUACGCGCAGAUGUGGGAGGGAAGGAGGAAGGUUUGAAGGAAAGACCGAGGACUGGGCCGAAUAAGGAAACUUUCGAGGAAAGAAAUCAUCUUACUUCCGCAUACAGGUAAAACUUGGCCGUUCACUUUUACAGUAGGGAGCUUAAGAUGCACCAAAUCUGCGAUGCAGACGCGACUAAAAACAAUCGCUAAUAAUGAGAGACUAUAGUUUGGCUUUGUUUUUCUCGUGUCCCUGGUUUUGUUUACCAACAACAAUCCAUACUUUUUACCAGUGAAGUGAAACUGUGAUAACAGCGGCAGUUUUUCGUCACGUCCGCGUCCGGAUGAAAUGAGAGUGCAUGAGAGUUGAUCACUUUUGUUUCUGAAACUGAGCAAUGAAUUACAAAACAUGUUCAUGCAUACUUUUUGUGUGUUUGUUGGUGUUAUGUACUCAACUGAAUACUGUAUGAUGUUUGUGAUGUUACUCUGAGUGUGCAUCCACACCGGGCAAGCUGAAAAGUUUGCCUGAACCUGACGGUGGGAAUCGAACCCGCGACCUUAGGGAUACUAGCUCAAUUGUAGCUCAGUUGGUAGAGCAUUGGACUAGUAUCCCAAACAGGAUCCCAAAGGUCGCGGGUUCGAUUCCCACCAUGCAACUACAGCUAAUUCAAUUAAGGUUGUCCCCGGGCAAAGCGGAAAAGUCGAAUACGAGCGCGAAAGGCUGCUGGGAAUCGCUAAAAAAUUCAUUAAUUUUUUAACGAUUCCCAGCAAGCCUUUUGCGCUCGUAUUUGACUUUUCCGCUUUGCUCGGGGACAACUUUAAUUGAAAUAGCUGUAUACCUUUUCCAUAUAGCAUAUGUAAAGGUUUAGAUUUAUAAUAUUGUAUAUACAUAUUUUUAAACUUAACUAAUGUUUUAUGUUGUUUCACCUUACCGUUUUACCCUCAAUAAAGUAUGAAAUGAAAUGAAAAGUCCAUUUUGAGAACUCCACUAAACUGUGGAAUUGCAUCAAAAAUUUGUAUCGCCGCCACUCCCACAACGUCUACGAUCGCAUCUACAUAUUUUUGCGUGUUUACAAUGCUAAUAUUAAACAGCCAAUCCGGUUCUUGGUAACAAUUACAAUUAAACGUCGAUUGGCUGUUUAAAAUUAGAAUUGUAAACAUGCAAAUGUAGGUGCGGUACGUUUGUGGGAGUGGCGGCGAUACGUAUUUUUAUGCGAUUCCACAGUUCGGUUAGUUCCGUAACAUCUUGUCUUGUGAUGGAAAGGCUUAAUGUGCCAAGAAUUUUUGCUUAGCUGCAUCUAAACUAAUUGUAAUGUAAACAAUUUUUUUAGGCUUUCUCCUAAAAAUGUCGGAACUCCAGCACCCACGCCUGCAACUCCGGGCACUCGCGACAGCCGACGACAUCGUUCCGGGCUACGACGAACAAAUACGAAAGACUCGCUAUCCAGAACGAGGCUGGACGGAGUUUCCGAAGUGCAGCAUGGUGCGCUAUAUGGUAACUACCCUAAGGAGAUUCCCGCAGUCCCAAGUGAAAAUUCGAAGGCUCAAAAUGACCAGGCGAUUCUAGAAGUGGCCGAAAGCAACCGAGAAACGUUGGAAAGCAUUGGAAACGAAUUAUCGAAAUUAUCUCUGAGCCUGAAUAACACGGACAACGAUAGCAGUCAAAAGAAUAUUGAAGCUCAAAGUUUAGGCUUAGAUAAAGUACCGGGCAGCGAAUCCGCAAUGUCCGAUCGAGCCGUCAGUCCAAGCAGCCGGACGAAUAUACCCUCGGAUAUUUGGGCUGAGUUACGUAGUGGCGGCGGUUUUGACCACCGGCGAAUUACACCUCGAAGUAAUUUGGAUGUGCCUAAUUCCGACCGGCCUAGAACCUUGUUGCGAGGUUACCAUAGCUCUUUAGGACUAUCAAUAUAUUCUUAUACCGGCGAAUCUAAUUGGAAGCCCCAUCCUCCUAGGCUACCCAAGUCGUUCACGUAUAUGGGAGUAUACAAACCCGCCAUAUUGCCCAAAAUGCCCGCGGCGCUUACGGUCGUCCCGGUCCCCAGUACCACGCGGCCGAGUCACAUUACCGAACCCCGUGAGGUCAAGGUCCGAUUGAGUAAAGUUCAUAGCAUCCGCAUACCACCAGUGCCCGCGGGCUCACCUGUACCGAAUAUGGAUAUCGCAACGGCAAGCAGUGACAGUAUUGUUGCUAACAGCAGCACGGAGGUUUUGAGACAGACUGGGAAUUGUGGUGGAGUGUCACAGAGUUUGGCAAGCUUAACACAAGGGGAAACAUCGGAAGAGAGAAUUUCUAUCCCUGAAGAGGUUUGUACCAGUUGUGGGAUGUUUGCAUGAUUCGGAUGGCCCGCGCAUUUCAAAAAAAAAAAAUCAACGAAAUAUCUGUAUUUCAACAAACGAUUUUCACGAUGAAAAUCUUAACAUGGCAUGUUCAUCGAUCCCAUUUUAAAAUGAUGAAAAAUGAAAAAAAAAUUUAAAAAGUCGGAUCUGGCAUUGCAAUUUUGCGUGGGGCUAAGCCACAGAAUACUAUACAGAAGUCCAUCUCCACUGUUUUUUGCGUAAGCGCUAUUCGUCAUGAUUCGUCACUCGGCAAGUACCGUAAACAGAAGCAAGUACCGUAAAAAGAAGCAGUCACCCCCCUGGACGUGUGCCAUUUUGAAUAUUUCCAGGGGGUGACUGCUUCUGUUUAGGGUACUUGCUGAGUGAUGAAUCAUGACGGAUAGCUGCAGAUGGACUUCUGUAUAGUAUAUUGUGGCUAAGCACUUUAUCCCUGUGGAUAUACUACAAAUGAUCUACAAUGCCCUGAUUCAGACUUAUUUGUACUACUUGAUGUUUGUGGUGUUACUUUGAGUGUGCAUCCACACCGGUCAAAGCUGGAAAAGUUGCCUGACGACGGUGGGAAUUGAACCGCGCCCUUUGGGAUACUAACUCUGCCAACUCGUUGCUCAGUUGGUCAAUCCGGGCCAUCAAAAUUUGUUCUAAGUUCCGUAUAUGUGAUGUAUCUAUCGUUGCGUUUGUUUUUGCCAAAGAUAUUUGUAACAAUGUUAUUGUUUUAUUAGGGUUCACAAGAAAGAGAGUAUCUUAUCUCGCGCGAGGUUAUUCAAGAGACUGGGGUGGAAUUGCCGCAGGACAGCGAGGAUCAGAACGCGGGCACAGAUGUAUCUCGUCAAGAGAGUCACGGUGCCACAGUUACGGAAGAAACGUUACAAGACUUGAUGAACAGCGAUAAGUACACGGUCGAAGAUACACUACGCCUCUUAGAUGUGCUCGCGGGCGAAACAGACGAAUUCAUGGGCACACUACCGAGUGACACGUGUACAAAAUCAGAAGUCACGUGUCCAAAACCAAAUGUUGCACGCUCAACUUCUGAUACGUCUUUGAUAAAAGUUGAAACCGAGACGUCGACAAAUGGUGAAACCGCGAAUGCACCUAUGGAAGAAAAGCGCUCGAAACAGGAAAUCGCGUGCGCAAAAGACGAAAUCACGUGCACGAAGGACGAAAUCACGUGCGUUGAAGACGAAACCAAGGGGUUAAGUGACGAUGUUACGUGCACAAAAGAUGAAGUCACUCGUCCAGAAAGCCAAGUUGCGUCUGCGAAAGACGAAGUCACGUGUCCAGAUAACAAAGUCACGUGUACAAAAGACGAAAGCACGUGCCCAACAGACGAUAACACGUGCACAAAAGAUGAAGUCACGUAUGAAACACGUGAAGAGAGUAUUGCAACACGUGAUAACACCCCUGUGAGUAUUGAAAUUGAUGAAAAUGGUACAGACUCUACUUGUGAGAUUAUUGAGGAAAGUAUUGAGGUAAAUAAUGAUAAGAGUGACUUUUCAAUGGAAAAGGAAAAUUUAGUAUCUCCAGACAAGCUGAAUGCACAGAUGUCGUCGCAUAAAUCUAGUCCAACAAGAGAUAUACAAGGGUCGUUUAGGAGUUUGAUAUUUCCUGGGGAUGAUGUCAGAUCUAUUCUUUCUGAUACCAGUUUUAUUCCAAAAGUUCCAAGUGAUUUUGCACUAGUGCCAUAUGAUGUGGAAUCUGAGCUGCUAUUACCAAUUAAGAUCGAUUCUGACUUGCUACUUUUAAACGACGACAGUUUUACGGAUCUGUCGUUGGAAGAUGAUAGAAUAAAGACUGAUGAUGAUGAAGUACAGAAGAGAGAUAAUUGUACAGAAUGAAUUUGUCGAACAUUUUUGAAUAUUUUUUUAAAUGAGCAAUUAAUAAAAUUAGAGUUUUACCAUAUGUGAUUGUGGUGUUGUUUUGAGCUGGGGCAAAGUUAUUCGAGAUAUUCUGUCCUGGGCGUCUCCGCACUAGCCAAGCUGAAAAAUAUUAUGGCCAAACUAUGUUAUCCAAAAUGUUAUAUAAACAUUCAAAACUGAAGGAAACUGAAUCUUGCUAAUUGCCAUAAAAGUUCAAGAAUAUGGAAAUCAAUCUCUAAAAGAGCACAUAAUUUCAAUAAUCUUUGGCCAUAGAAAUCAGUACUGUAGGUUUGCAAAUAUUCAAUUUCCCCCGGGUCCUCAAUUUCUCCAUGCAGCCCUCGUUAGAAAAAGGUUUUGUUCAUAAAAUCAUAUUUUAGAGUUGGUAAUUUCAUGAUUGAAGAUUAGUCUGUAAAGUGGUCAGAAAAGUUUGCUGGUUUGCAAACCGAACAAAAAUAAUAGUCUUAUAUAGAAUAAUUGAAUAUGGUACAACAGAUUAGAACAAAUGAAAUAUUUUGCUAGUGAUUACAAUUGAAUUGGUUUGGACUGCAAAUAUUCGGUAAGUAACCUGUGCUUCCUAAUUGGAUGCAGGCAUAUUGUCAAAACAAUGUAUAUUAUUGUACAAAAUGCCAUAGUUAUUCAACCAGUCCUGAGAAUAAUAUGAAUCCCGCUAUCACUGUAGACUGGACCACUCAUCUCACCAACUUCCAAUGCAUAC